GUCAGCCAGCCAGAGCAGGGCUCGGAUGCUGACAUGCCAGGAGAGGGGAACUGGCUCCCUCUGGCCCAUGAGCCCCCCCCUGCCUGGGAUUGCUGCUCUCUGAAGCCCCCACUCAGAUCCAGCCUUGUCUGGACUGGAAAGAAGAAAGCUGGAGGAAGGGGGAGGCGGAGGCCCAGGAGCUAGGACGAGGUGACGACAGCCCACGCGCCAUGUUUGGGAAGAAGAAGAAGCGGCUGGAGAUCUCGGCCCCGUCCAACUUCGAGCACCGCGUGCACACAGGCUUUGACCAGGAGGAGCAGAAGUUCACGGGACUCCCCCGCCAGUGGCAGGGGCUCAUCGAGGAGUCCGCCCGGCGGCCCAAGCCCCUCGUCGACCCUGCCUGCAUCACCGCCAUCCAGCAUGGGGCCCACAAGACCAUCGUUCGGGGGAGCAAGGGCUCAAAGGAUGGCGCCCUCACGCUGCUGUUGGAUGAGUUUGAGAACAUGUCUGUGACCCGCUCCAACUCCCUUCGCCGGGAUAGCCCUCCCCCGCCCCUGCCUGGUCCUCUGGGCCCAUCCCAUGCCCCGCCCCAUCAAGAGAACGGGCUGACCGAAGCUGAGGGGACAGGGGACCGUGCUCGGGCCCAGGAGAAGGGUCACCUGGAGUCUGGAGGCAGGGCUCCCGCCGAGGGUCGGAGUCGAGCCGCUGGGCGCAGGGACCGUGGCGCCAGUGGCGAGGGAAGGCGGGAUGGGAUGGAGAAGAGGCCCAAGUCAUCAGGGGAGGGAGCUUCAGGCCAGCCAGGGAGCCCCCAGCCACCUCGGGACAAACGACCCCUGUCGGGGCCUGACGUCCGGACCCCACGGCCCCCGGGCCCAGGAGGUGGGACGAAGUCAUCGGCCAGGCCGUUUAACACAUACCCUCGAGUCGACUCAGACCACCCCCCGAGGGGCACAGAGCCCCAGGGAGAGCCCCGUAAUCCUGCCCCCAAUGGUCCCUCUGCAGGAGGCCUCCCUCCACACCCCUCCAAGCCGCUGCCUCGCACUGCGAGGGCCCCGGAGCCCACCCCUGCCCCGGGGACCCUGAGCCCACAUGCUUCAGAACCCCAGCUGGCCUCUCGCGUCCUCCCCCCGCCUUCGGCCCAGCCCGCUGUGCCCCCAUCAGGACCCCGCUCUCCCCAGAGGGAGCCCCAGAGGGUGUCCCACGAACAGUUCCGAGCUGCACUGCAGCUCGUGGUGGACCCGGGCGACCCCCGGUCUUACCUGGAGAACUUCAUCAAGAUUGGCGAGGGCUCCACGGGCAUCGUGUGCAUCGCCACGGUCCGCAGCAGUGGCAAACUGGUUGCUGUGAAGAAGAUGGACCUCCGGAAGCAGCAGCGUCGAGAGCUCCUCUUCAAUGAGGUGGUCAUCAUGCGGGAUUACCAGCACGAGAACGUGGUGGAGAUGUACAACAGCUACCUGGUUGGGGAUGAGCUCUGGGUGGUCAUGGAGUUCCUGGAAGGGGGAGCCCUCACGGACAUUGUCACCCACACCAGGAUGAACGAGGAGCAGAUUGCUGCCGUGUGCCUCGCCGUGCUGAAGGCCCUGUCUGUGCUCCAUGCCCAGGGCGUCAUCCACCGAGACAUCAAAAGUGACUCCAUCUUGCUGACCCACGACGGGCGGGUGAAGCUCUCUGACUUUGGCUUCUGCGCCCAGGUGAACAAGGAGGUGCCCAGGAGGAAAUCCUUAGUGGGCACCCCCUACUGGAUGGCUCCCGAGCUCAUCUCCCGCCUGCCCUAUGGGCCUGAGGUGGACAUAUGGUCCCUAGGAGUGAUGGUCAUUGAGAUGGUAGAUGGUGAGCCUCCGUACUUCAAUGAGCCGCCUUUGAAGGCCAUGAAGAUGAUCCGGGACAACCUGCCCCCUAAGCUGAAGAAUCUCCACAAGGUUUCCCCCUCCCUGAAGGGCUUCCUGGACCGUCUGUUGGUACGGGACCCGGCGCAGAGAGCCACGGCCAGUGAGCUGCUGAAGCAUCCUUUCCUGGGCAAGGCGGGCCCCCCAGCCAGCAUCGUCCCCCUCAUGCGCCAGAACCGCAUGAGAUGAGACUGGACCGCCCCGGCCCUUCCCCUGACCAAAGAAGCACCUCAAAGGCAGGUGCCCCCAGCCUGGGAGAUGGACUCCUCUCCCUCCCCCCACCCCGAGGCAGGGGCGAGGAUGGUGGGCUGACCCCAGCCUCCUCUCUCGUGGUCCCUUGCUGCCUCCUGCCAGCUGGGCCUCUUGACUGGAUGGAUAGGCCUGGGUCACUCCACGGCCCCUUGUGGACCCUUCUGGGGAACUCAACUACUGAGUUUCAGUUUUGAUUUUUUGAUGUUUUUAAUGAAUGACUUCAGAGCAAGGGCAGUGAGGGUCUCAUUCUGGAGCAGAGACCCCCCCCCCCCUUCUCCCCCCCAACCUCUGCCUCGACACUGGAAAUGUGCAGCCCAGGGGAGUGCUCCCCCUGGCCCAGGAGGACCCUGAGGCUCCUGGGAGCCAACACUACAGGAGAUGGCUGUUUGGGGUGGACAGCGUGUGGACCGAGGCACCACGCUUCCCAUCUCACAGCAGCGUCCUCCUGCGGCCUGUGCAUGUCUGCAGUGGAUGUUUGGACUUUGUGUCUCUGGAGUAUGUGUGUGUGUGUGCUUCUGUGUGUGUGUGUGUGGUGUGUGUGUGUGCACACAUGCGCAUGUGCGUGGCUGGCUGGCGUGGAGAAGGCAUGUUGACAUACAAAGUAUGUGAAAAGCUGUCUCCUUUUCCCCACUUGGAGCCAGCCAACAGGGGAGAUGCUUGGGGAUGCCUGGUGAAUUCGACUGUCUGUGCUGAUUUCUGAUGCCUGGGGGGGUUCCGGAGUCUCCCUCCUCUGGCCUCUGUUGAGAAUACUACUGUACUCCCUUGGGACCUUUUUUUAAAAAAGAGCUAUUUAUAUUGUCAUUUCAUAACACCCUAGGCCCUGGGCCCCAUAGCGGGGUCCUCAGGAGCCGGGGCCCUGAAUUUGGGCAGCCAUGCUGCACGCCUGGACCCCCAGUUAGUUUUACAAUUAAAACGUUCU